UAACUCAGGCAAGACUACCACCAUUACAAUACAACACAAGUCAGCACCAUCGGGAAAUUGCCUCUUUCGAAUGAACAGGAAGAAAAUAGUUUUGUUUCACUUUCCAAUCAAUUAAGUAAAUGGCAAGUAUCUCCUUCCGCCACCGCGACGCCGACACCAACACCAACACCAACACCAACGCCGACGGCCAAACCUCAACCGUAGACCCUUAUUUUCCAAUCUUAUUUUCCUCUCUCCACGACGACCCCUUCCUUCCUCUACCUGAGCUUACCACCCAUUUCAACAUCCACUCUCUGGCACACCAAGAAGACGACACCGUUUCAGAUCCUGAAUCCGUUAUCCUCAACGGUCCCGAUCUCUUAGACCGCGAGAACCAGGCUGAGUCUACUGUGAGUAUUCAUGCUAAUGCAAUCCGGGUUGUUGGAUUCGGUUCUGAUUCGGAUUCUGAGGAUAAUCAAAAUUCUUUAACUAUUGAUUUUAAUUCUGGGGAUGAUUAUGGUUUGGAUGUGAGUAUAGAGAAUGAAAGUUUUGGUGAUGGUGUUGACUAUGAUGACGCUAGGGUUACAAUUCCGCUUUGUUGGGACUCACUUCAAUUGGAGGAUCAUAGGGAAAACAAUGAGGAUUUUGAGUGGGAGGAAGUGGAUGGUCGUCUUGAUGAGAGGGAGGUUCUAAGUAUGUUUAUUGAUGAAGAUGAGGCAUCUGUUUCACUUUCCAUUUCACCUCUGAUUGCUCCUGAGGAUUUGGUCAGUGUAGAGAGAGUAGGAGGAUUGGAUCAUUUGGAGUGGCAGGUUUUAUUGAAUGCUAACAACUUGGACCACGACCAUAAUUCUGAGCCUUAUUCUGGCAGUCAUGAUGAUUAUAUUUAUACAGCAGAGAGUGAGAUGUUAUUUGGGCAAUUUACAGAGAAUGAGAACGCGAUGAUGGGUCAGCCUCCUGCAACAAAGUCUGUUGUUGAGAAACUUCCAUCAGUGGUUUUCACAAAAGAGGAUGUGGAGAGUAAUAAUGCACUUUGCGCAGUUUGCAAGGAUGAUAUAAAUGUGGGGGAGAGAGUGAAGCAGUUGCCUUGCUUGCACCGGUAUCAUGGUGAAUGCAUUGUGCCAUGGCUGGGGAUUAGGAAUACUUGUCCUGUUUGUCGGUAUGAGUUGCCAACAGAUGAUGCAGAUUAUGAACAGAGAAAGAUGGCUGAAACUUCUGCUGACCAUCAUCUUUGAUGUGUACUUUGUAUGCUUUUGGAUGAUUUUGAAUUUUCUUAUACUCUGUAGGGUUUUGAAGAAUGUAGAUAUUGUUGCUGCUAUGAGUUGUUUCUUUCUGUGAGGAUAAUGGUAUUACUAAUGGAUUUUUGCUGAGUGCAUUAGGUUGUUUUUAUUAUUGCAUUGUAAUGUUUGAAAUUUCCUUUUUUUCUUUAUGUAAAUGCUGUUCAAUGAUU